UUUUUUUUUUUGACAAGAUUGUUACUUUCUUUAACGUGUUUUAUUUUUUUUUUUUUAACUUUUAAAGUUAUUCAUAAUGAAUAAUGAUUUCCAAAUAGAUGUACACGAGUACUGGAGAAAUACUUGGAAAUCGGCAGAAACAACAUUAGCAUUGUUGUCAGUAUUUGAAGGAAAAAAUAUUGAACUGAUAAAUAAUGUCAUUAGUCCACUUCGUAAUUUGGUAAAUCAUGGUCAAGAUUAUGAUAGUCUUAAACCUAUCAAUUCAGAAGCUGUAGUAGACAGAAGACCUUGUCCACCUCUUGUACGUUAUGGUAUUGAGCCAAAUUGGAAAUUAAUCGAUUUAACAACGAUUGAAAUUAAAUUACCUAAAAGUAAUCGAAUUACAACGUGUAUUGCUGUGACAACGCCAGAACUGUUGGAUAGAGCUAUAAAAGAUAUUUAUCAAGCACCUUAUAUUGCUAUCGAUUGUGAAUUUAUGGCUUCAAAGAAAACUCUUCCAGAACUUAAAUUACUUCAAAUUGGUGUCUCGUCUACUAAAGGUUAUGCUAUUCAAGUGGAUGUCUUGGGUGUUGAUAUUUUAACAGAAAAAUUAAAACCAAUCUUGGAGGAUCAAAAUUUAAAUAUCGUAGGUUGGUCAUAUCGCUCUGAUGCAUUAGCAAUCGAAUCUUUUUUUAAGGGCAUUCAACAAGCACCUGUUCUGGAUUUACAAGCUAAAUUAUUACCUGUCUCUGUUGAACAACUUAAUUUGGCUGCAGCUAUGACACAGUACGCUCAAGAGUGGGACGGUUUAGAAGAAUUUCAAAAGGUGAAACAGUUUGGUGGGAACUUUAAAUUUACGGAUAAUGAUUGUGUUUGGUUAUUGAAUCCAUUACCUCCUAGAGCUUUAGCUUAUGCUGUAUUUGAUGUGCUCAGUGUUCAUGCUCUCUAUACAUACACUAGCCAAUACCCUGAUAUAGAAAAAUAUUAUUGGCCUUAUUCUGUUAUUACUGAUGCUAGCCCAAAGGCAGUUGAGAACUUUCAUCGUCAAAGAGCAAAGGCUUUACAGAGGAACAAUUCAAAUACUCCUCCUGUCAAUAAAGAAAGAGCUCGUCACUUUGCUCCUCUGAUGUCUCCUGCAUUGGAAUCUUCUGCUACUAGUACUCCUUCUAUCACUUCGACUCGUGCUAACACAUCUCAUGCUUCUGCUUUUUCUGCUUCUUCUACUUUGCCUGCUCCUGCUCCUGCUCCCAGUAUUACUUCAUCUUCUUCUCGAAAAAAGGAAAGGUUUCGUUAUGUCGAAACGCUUGAAAUACCACUUUCAUCACUGCCUGAUAAUGACGAUGGUUAUGAUGAUAAUAAUACAAAUUAUAAAUUAAAUAUGCAAAGGGCAAUCGAGGAAAGUUAUCGUUCUUUGGAUAAAAAUUAUGGUAAUUCAUCCUCUGAUCGAGUCGUAUGUGAAUUGGACGAUGAUAAUAAAUUUGGUGGCGCCUUUGAUGAGAAUAAAUCUGUAGAAGAGAAAAAAGAAAGUAAACCGAAGACUACAACAGCCACUUGGGGUGAAGUCAAUAUGGAUAAUCAACCCUUCCUUGGCAAUAAUUUUCAACGAGAUGAUAAAAGCAAUUUUAAAAAGGAGUCUUCUAAAUCUCCUGUUACAUCAGAUCAAAAGCUGGCUUCAUCACCUCAUUAUCAGCAUAAACAAACGCAUGGCUCACCUCAUAAAACACCUUAUAGAAUACCACCAUUGCGUCAUCAGCAAAAUACAUAUAGUAGUAAUCGAUCUUCUCCUGGACCCAACGCUCCUCAUAUAGUCCAUCCUCGACCUUCAAGACCCAAUCAUUUGUCUCGUCCUAAUUUUGAUGUAUCUCCAGUCAACUUUGCUCCUCCACCUAAACAGGAUCAUCAAAAACCACUUCAACAAUCACCUCAAACACCAACAGCCAAAAUUCAUCCUCAGUUUGGUGGUAAACCUAGUAAGGAAAAAUAUAUAUCAGACUUUAUGUCUCGUACAGCAACAGGAGAUCAAGUGGGAUCAUUUGCAUGGGGCGAGCGUGAUACAGCUGCUGCUUCAUGGAACACCUUUGCCAGUAAUUCUAACAAUAAUUGGGUGAAAGGUAUUGAUACUGAAUUAGAUGAUAUGGAAAGAUUAGAGGCAGAAGCGGCGAAAAAGACACUAGAAGAAAGAGCAAGUACACAACAAAAUAAAGAAGAACAUAUGUUUAAUAUGACGGCUAAAGCUAUACAAAAUGUUGAAGAAGACAAUUGGUUAAAGCAAGAGGAGAGACCUGACACGAUGCUUAUGCCUAUGAAUCAAAUUCCUAUCCGUAAAGUCUUUUCUGGGCCUCGUGUAAAUAAUCCAAAUGAUACUGAUUAUGAUACCGAUGAAGAAGAAGAAGAAGAAGAGGAAGAGGAAGAAGAGGAAAAUGAUUUUAAUGAACAACAAACUACAGUGAACAGUAAUGAAAAACAACUUCAAGUGUAUGACUUGCCUAAUUUUGUAGAUGGUAUAUUUUUGUAUGGUGGAAAUGGGAAUGAAGAAUUAGCAAUUCUCAAGAUAACAACGCCUGAAGAUUUGGAUAGAAUUAUUUUACCUCCUCAAGGAGAGCCUCUUACGAUCGUCAUCUGCUUCCAUGUUGCUAGGGAUAAAUCAAGAGCUGAUGUUGAUUUAAAGGCACUUCAAAUUUAUCUAAGUACUGGAGCAUCCUAUACCUGCGUCCUACAGCAAGCAUGUCUCUUAAAGAACUUGCGAACACUGAAGGAAACAAAAUUUGGCAAGUUACUUAUAGAUCCUAAUGUGAAUCGUGUAUGCUGGUAUCCGAGCUAUAUUGAAGAAAGUAUGAUUAACAUGUUAGGGUUCCCUCUUGGCCCUUCUGUAGAUCUCUCGACAAAAAUGAAUGAUCAACUCGUUGGAGAUAAAACGUAUACUUUUAAGAAAGCGAUUGAAACUUAUCUACAUGACUGGCCUGAUCUGCAACAAUAUCUAACAAUUAAAAGUGAAUAUGAUCGACUCGUAUCUUCCAAAAAAUUUUCAGGUACUGUUUGGGAUCGUGAGAGAUUAUCUGAAACUGUACUUAAAUACAGUGCACUUCAAGGUUUAGCAGCCUAUUACUUGUAUCAAGCAUCGUUAAAAAUGAACAUUUCAGAUGAUGAUUUUAUGUAUCAAAGUAAUAGAUCAUAACAUAUACGUAUGUAUCUGUAUAUACAUGCCCUUUUAUAUAUAUGUAUAUUUAUAUAUAUUUACAUAUAU